CCGCCCCCACCCACCCUGGAAGCCAGAAACCCCAGGCAGCCUCCCUCCCUCCCCUGCUGGCGACUGCGAAUAAACCAGACCCAGACUUUGCGCGCUCAGGCUGAAAUGCCACCAGCAGUCGGGCCCCGGGCCGGAAACCUCCCCGACGCGGGGCCGCAGGCAGGGGAAGGGGCGGGCGCAGGCUGCGGGGCCAGCACGGAGGAUGCACACGGGGCUCCUGGGGCUCUCGGCCCUGCUGCAGGCGGCCGAGCAGAGCGCGCGCCUCUACACUGUGGCUUACUACUUCAGCACCGGACGGCUUCUGUGGGGGUGGCUGGCCCUUGCAGUCCUCCUGCCUGGGUUCUUGGUCCAGGCCCUGAGCUACCUGUGGUUCCGAGCAGACGGGCAUCCAGGGCAUUGGUCCUUGGUGAUGCUGCACCUCCUACAGCUUGGCGUUUGGAAGCGGCACUGGGAUGCUGCACUGACUGCUCUGCAGAAGGAACAGGAGGCUCCCCAUCGAGGCCAGCUGCAGCUGCAGGAGGCCGACCUGUCGGCCCUUCGACUCUUGGAGGCCUUGCUGCAGACCGGGCCCCACCUGCUGCUUCAGACAUACGUGUUUCUAGCCUCAGACUUCACAGAUAUUGUGCCAGGGGUGAGUGCGCUGUUCUCCUGGUCCUCACUCUCCUGGGCACUGGUGUCCUACACUCAUUUCAUGGGCUUCAUGAAGCCAGGCCACCCGGCCAUGCCAUGGGCCGCCCUCUUCUGCCAGCAGCUCUGGAGGAUGGGCAUGCUGGGAACACGCGUGCUGAGCCUGGUUCUGUUCUACAAAGCCUACCACGUUUGGGUUUUUGCGGUUGCAGGUGCCCACUGGCUGGUGAUGACAUUCUGGCUCGUCGCCCAGCAGAGUGACGUCAUCGACAGCACCUGCCACUGGAGGCUGUUCAACCUGCUCGUGGGAGCCAUCUACAUCCUCUGCUACCUCAGCUUCUGGGACAGCCCUUCCAGAAAUAGGAUGUUCACGUUCUACAUGGUCAUGCUGCUGGAGAACAUCAUCCUGUUGCUGUUGGCCACGGACUUUCUCCAGGGGGCGUCGUGGACCAGCCUGCAGACCACAGCGGGGGUCCUGUCUGGAUUUCUCAUUGGCAGUGUCUCGCUGGUGAUUUAUUACAGCCUGCUGCAUCCCAAAUCCACAGACAUCUGGCAGGGCUGCGUAAGGAAGCCCUGUGGCAUUGCCGGAGGUGGUAGAACCGAGACGGGAGCUUCUCCCCGGGCCAUAGCUCUAGCUGGGAAGAGGACAGAGAGCUCAAGCUCAUGCCAAGGGGCAAGUUAUGAGCUAGCUAUUUUGGGGAAGCCCCCCACCCCUGAGCAGGUCACCCCAGAGGCAGGGCUGGGGACCCAGGUUGCUGUGGAGGACUCUUUCCUCAGUCAUCACCACUGGCUGUGGGUGAAACUUGCUCUGAAAACAGGAAAUAUGUCUAAGAUCAACGCUGCCUUUGGAGAUGACAGUCCUGUCUACUGUCCACCUGCGUGGGGGCUGAGUCAGCAGGGCGACCUGCACAGGAAGGCCCUGUCUCCCCAGCAAGAGCUCCCAUCCUCCUCCUGUGACCCCUCAACCUUAGAGAAAGGCUCCGUGUUUGAAGGUGUCUCUAAAGCAGAGGCCGACCCACUGGAAACCUCAUGUUACGUAUCUUUUGCCAGCGAUCAGCAGGACGAAGUGCCUACCCAGAACCCAGGAGCCACACAGGAGGAGGGCACCCCAAAGGAAGGAGAUGGUGCUGUUUCUGGGACACAGGGAAAGGGGACAGGUGGGCAGCCAAGAGGAGGGGAAGGACAGCAGAGCUCCACAUUGUACUUCAGUGCCACUGCAGAAGCAGCCACAUCCUCACAACAAGAAGGCAGCCCAGCUACUCUGCAGACGCCCCACUCUGGAAAGAGAUUGGGAAAGAGCAGCCCUCCCCAGCCUGCCUCGCCCCAGUCAGUGGCCAAACCCUUCCCAGUCACCAUGGCUGACAUUAGCCCCAUCCUAGGCACAGGCCCACGCAGAGGCUUCUGCGCCCAUGCAGGCUUCCCUGGAAGAGCCCUUGGUAUCUCAGAGCUGGAGGAGCAGCAGGAGCCCACAAGGGACCUAAGUCACCAUGCAGCUGUUGGUGCAUGGAUGUCGUUGCCACAGCUGAGGACGGCCCAUGAGCCCUGCCUCACGUCCACCCCUAAGUCUGAGUCUAUCCAAAGGGAUGACAGCUACAGGGAACAGAUGAAGUAUGAGCCGAGUUUUUUCAUCUGACCAUUGUCAUGGGGGAUAAGACAACAGGCUGAUGAAUCAAGCUGGCAUUUGGUGCAGUGGGAGGAGAAAUCCCGCUUUUGCUGACACCCAUGUCCUUGGGUACAUUGCUGUCCCCUCUGAAAAAUGUAUCCCUAAAAAAUGAGGAAACAGGGCUGGCUGAUUUCUCAAACCCACUGUAAACAUCACAGACCCCACCUAUGCAUCGGAGAGGCUCUAACAUGCUAUGGAGGAGCAGAAAGGGAUUCCAGUCAAAACUGCCUGUUGCCUUUUAUGAACUGUAGGUUUCCCUAUUUUAUCUCUUUGCUGUGGCUUCUAGGAAACACAAAGGCAAAAUCUAGAUUCCUAUUUUAUUUGGAGUUCUUGUUACGAUUAGUCUUGCCUCACACUUAGUGGUUAUUAAUCUCGUUUUAAUACAUUCUGACUGCAUUAUGUUGUGAAAUGGUAAGAUAAUGUGAAUGCUUUCUAGGAGCACAUAAGGACUGCGUGCCUGCAAUAACGAACAUAACUGAAAGUGCACAUGUCAUUCUAAGACUCCCAUAUCUUUUGGUUAGGGACAAUAUUAGGUCCCUUAAAAAGGAAGAGUAGGACCACUUAGCUCAGCCUCACUCACGCUAAGGGCAUGUGCGACAUUUUCUGUGACACGCUCUCAGACCAUCAGCAUCCUCCUGGCCAGCUGCAUGCAUGGUAUCUUUCUGUAAAAUGUGCAACUCCUCUUGUUGCAGGCCGGCCGGCCAGCAGUUCUCUUCCAGCUCCCACUGCUGCUGCUACACCCCAUCUCCUUUAUCUCCAAGCUUUGUUCGCGCCCUCCAUUCGACGUGAGACACCAUCUGUGAUUUCAGCCCACCCAGCAAGAAGGGAGCAAACAUCCGUUCCUCUUGCACGCUCCUUCUCUCUGAUUCCUGCACUUUAAAGUGUUCCUUGUGGCUGUGUAUUUCUAUCAUUUCUUUAAGCUUUCCUUUGUAGCCGAUUAAGGAAGUCCAACCAUAAACCAUCAAAGAGAAAGGCACACAGAGGGCUGGAUGCUAUUUUGGGGGAGGGUGGUUUUGUUUUCUUUUGUUUGUUUGUUGAGACAGGGCCUCACUCUGUCACCCAGGCUGGAGUGCAGUGGCACAAGCAUGGCUCACUGCAGCCUCAACCUCCGGGUCUUAAGCAAUCCUCUUGCCUCAGCCUCUUGAGUAGCCGGGACUGCAGGGAGGUGGGCACCAUGCCUGGCUACUUUUUUGUGUUCUUUUUUUUUUGUAGAGUCAGGUUCUUGCCAUGUUGCCCAGGCUGGUCUCCAACUCCUGACCAAGAUCCAGCAAUCUGCCCACCUCAGCCUCCCAAAGUGCUGGGAUUACAGAAGUGAGCCACCGUGCCCACCCAGGAUGGGUAGUUUUUAUCCUCUGCAAACACUCUGGAUUAGGGGACAAUAUUAGAGCCCUAAAAAGGAAGAGGAGAGUAACUUAGCUCAGCCUGACAACUACUAAGGGCAUGUGCAGAUGCUUUCUGCAAUAAGCUCUCAGACCAUCAGCAUCCUCCUGGACAGCCACAUAAGCCAAUUGGGGGUAGCAGACAAGUGGCUACACAUUUUCGAUACAACAUAAAGAUAACAAGAGUUUGGGUCAGACGUAGGCGUGCACACCUACAAUCCCAACGCUUUGAGAAGCUGAGGUGAAAAGAUCACUUGAGGCUAGAAGUUCAACACCAGCCUGGGCAAUGUAGUGAGACCCCCAUCGCUACUAAAAAUAUAAAAAUUAGCACAGUGUGGUGGCACACCCCUGUAAUCCCAGCUUCUCAAGAGGCUGAGGCAUGAGAAUCACUUGAAUCGGGAGGUGGAGGUUGCAGUGAGCUGAGAUUACACCACUGCACUCCAGCCCAGAUGACAGAGCAAGACUCUGCCUCAAAAAAAAAAAAAAAAAAAAAAAAGGAGUUUGUUAACAGAACAAAAUCAUUCACAGUUAUAUUCACUGUGCUAUUCCAGCAUCUCAGUCCCUCCUCCACGCAGUCUCUCACCCAGCCAUGUGAGAGCAGGGUCCUCUUCCGUGAAUCCUCACUGGGCCUCCCCAUUCGUCCUCCAAGACUCCACUCAAGCGUCACCUCUUGGCAUCUUCCUGGGCCCUCCCCAAUCUGCCCUCUACCCCAGGUUGUACUCCACUGCCCUUUGCCCUGUGGUGACCUCUUCCUAAAUGUGAAGCCCUGCUUCCCUGAAGGCUAAUUAAGGGUUGCAGUCCUCACGCUGGGCUAACUUUAAGGCCCAACAUAGUGUCCAGCAAAAGGAGGCGUUGGGGCAUUCAACAGGAUGAAUUAACGAAAGAGCGGGGCUGUGCACGUAAAUCGCAGCUCGAGUGCAUAUCCUGGCGCAACAGCUUUUAUCUUACGGGGAAAAGGUAAGGGUGGGAUAUGGGGAAUUUGCUCCAUUCUUUUCAAACUUCCUAGCUCUUGAAUAGCCUGGAAACCUGGAAGUCCUCUUCACUCAUUCAUUCGUUUAAGGAAUAUUAGUUGAAUGUGACAGGCACUGACAAUGCAGAAAUCAAGGCAUGCACGUUCUGUUUGAGGCCCCAAGGACCAACAUGGGCUUCUCAAAUGGCCUCUUCACUUCAUGCCUCCAAAAAGCAUAUUGCCCGGUGGUGAAAAGGAUCAGAAAAUAUAUUAUAUUUAUUAGAGAAGACUAAUAAAUGGACACCUAAUUCAAAAA